CUAGCUUUCCACUUUAGGCACACACCCCUAGUCCUCCUCGUCCCCCACGUUGUCGACGUUCAGCGAGACGCCGUAGAUCGUCAGGACGACGUGCAUCUCGCCGUUCUCCCAGGGGAUGCAGACGAGGCCGUCCUUGGCCGCGUCCCAGUGCAUGGCCGCGCCCGUGUCCAUUCCCGCGCCGUUUUUUUGCAUGAUGAUCGUGGUCACGACGUACUUGAACGGCCUGUUGAGCCCCUGCAGCUCUUUCAGGAUCGUGUCCGUCAUGCUAUUCGUCCAAUCCCCGACUUUUUUCGCGUUGUAGGCGCAGUCGCCCAAGGUGCCCACGAUGGCAUUCUUGGCGAUGGUUUCAAUGUCCUCCUGGGGGAACUGGUCGUCCUCCAUCGCGCGGCGUCCGCGCGCGGGGCAGCCCUUUCACGCUGGAGAUAAAUGGGCAGCCCUUCCACGGAAGACAAAGGGCAGCCUGGACGUCCUCCGGAUACGUUAUCGGGGCACGCAGGACGAGCGCUGUGGCAACAAUGUACCGCUACGGGCGGGGGCGGCGCGUCUUUAGGCGUCGGGCGGCCGCUG